UCAGGUGGUGUGGAGAUGCUGCGGGCGGCGGUGUGCGCGGGUGUCCGGGGGGUGUUCCGGGUGCAGAGGAGGGGGUACAGCGGGGGGCAGCAGGUAGAUGCGCCUCGUCAGACCGCGCUCUACGACUUCCACCGCCAUCAUGGCGGUAAGAUGGUGGAGUUUGCGGGAUGGAGCCUGCCGGUGCAGUAUAAGGACAGUCACAUCGUCUCGCACCUGCACACCCGCCAGCACUGCUCCCUGUUCGACGUGUCUCAUAUGCUGCAGACUCGGGUACACGGGAAGGAGCGGAUCCCCUUCAUGGAGAGCCUGGUGGUGGGGGACAUUGCAGAAUUAAAGGAGAACCAGGGUACGCUAACUCUCUAUACCAAUGAGAGCGGAGGGAUCAUCGAUGACCUCAUCGUCAACAACACCUCCGAGGGUCACCUCUACGUGGUGUCCAAUGCCGGCUGUGCAGAGAAGGACUCCGCCCACAUGAAGAACCGCCUGCUGGAGUUCAGAGCGGCCGGCCGGGACGUGGAUUUGGAAAAUGUUGACUUCGCUCUGUUGGCUCUGCAAGGUCCAUCUACGGCUCAGGUUCUUCAGGCCGGACUCACCGACGAUCUCUCCAAGCUGACGUUCAUGAAGGGGGUGACUACCGGCGUGUUUGGCAUCCCCGGCUGUAGAGUGACGCGGUGCGGGUACACCGGAGAGGACGGCGUGGAGAUCUCGGUGCCCGGUGACAGAGCCGUGGAGCUGGCAGAGAAGCUGCUGCAGAGCCCGGAGGUGAAGCUGGCCGGUCUGGCGGCUCGGGACAGUCUGCGUCUGGAGGCCGGCCUCUGUCUGUACGGAAAUGACAUCGACGACACCACCACCCCCGUGGAGGCCAGUCUGGUGUGGACACUAGGUAAACGACGCAGAGCCGCCAUGGAUUUCCCCGGAGCCUCGGUCAUCGUGCCUCAGAUUAAGGGGAAGGUGAAUCGGAAGCGCGUGGGACUGACCUCCACGGGGCCUCCCGUCCGCCAACACACUUCGAUACUGAACGCGGAGGGGCGCGUCAUCGGAGAAGUGACCAGCGGCUGCCCUUCACCCUCCUUGAAGCUGAAUGUGGCGAUGGGCUACGUGGAGCCAGAAUACGCUAAGGCGGGCACGGCGCUGCGAUUGGAAGUCCGGAAGAAGCUUGUUGAUGGCGUGACCAGCAAAAUGCCCUUCGUGCCGACCAAAUACUACAAUGUGAAGUGAAAGUGAAGCAACCCAGAAAAUGUCACUGCCACCCAAAAUCUGGUGAUGCCCAUGUGUGGGGUUCAUGUCAAAGAGCAGCCAAUCAGAACUUGUCUUUCACUGAUAUUUCUGAUGUACAUUGGUGGAAGAUGAGAAGUAGCUGCUCUACAUAAACCUUUCUGUCAUAUCCUGUCUCUCAGACCCAGUCCUUGUUUCUUUUACCCAGCUCUACCCCCCAUACCCAGCCAUAGUUGUUGCACCCCACUGUGCUGCCAAUACCCCACAAUGCCUCCUGUACCCAGCUAUGCUUCCCUUUACUGGCUGUGCAACCUGUACCCAAAUGUACCUUCCAUACUCGGCCAUGAUUUCUGUGGCUGUUUGUGGCAGCCAUGUUCCCCAUACCCAGCUGUACCUUCUGUACCCAACCAUGCUCCCCAUACCCAGCUGUGGUUUCAGUACCCAGCCAUGCUUCUCAUACUCAGCCGUUCCUUCUAUACCCAGCUGUGGCUUAUGUACCCAGCCAUGUCCCCAACCAUGCUCCC